CAAAUGAGGUCUCCAACUACUAAAUUGCUUUCUCUGCUUCUUGUUUUUAUCUUCUCAAUUUCAUCGACAGUUUUAGCACAUACUCAUGAAGAUUUUCUCCAAUGUCUUUCCCUGCAAUCUCAAAACUCCACAUCAUCAAUCUCCAAAGUCAUUUACGCACCAAACAACUCUUCAUAUUCAUCCAUCUUGCACUUCUCAAUACAAAACCAAAGAUUCAACACAACCUCCACCCCAAAACCUCUAGUCAUUGUCACACCAUUAGAUGAGUCUCACAUUCAAGCAGCCAUAUCAUGUUCCAAGCAACACGGCAUUCAAAUCAGAGUUCGCAGCGGAGGACAUGACUACGAAGGCCUCUCCUAUGUUUCUGAAAUCCCAUUCAUCAUUCUUGAUCUAGCAAACCUCCGAUCAGUCACCAUUGAUGUUGAAACUAGCACGGCGUGGGUACAAUCCGGUGCGACUAUUGGUGAACUCAGCUAUAGAAUUGCUGAGAAAAGUAGAACUCUUGCCUUUCCUGCAGGCCUUUGCCCUACAGUAGGUGUUGGUGGACACUUCAGUGGGGGAGGGUACGGCACAUUGAUGCGAAAACACGGCCUUUCUGCUGACAAUGUCAUUGAUGCUCGAUUCAUGGACAUGAAUGGAAGAAUUCUAGACAGAAAAUCAAUGGGAGAAGACCUUUUUUGGGCCAUUAGAGGAGGUGGGGGUGCUAGUUUUGGAAUCAUCCUAGAAUGGAAAAUAAAGUUAGUUCCUAUUCCAUCAAAUGUGACAGUUUUCACAAUCCACAAGACCGUAGAGCAAAAUGCAAUCAAGCUUGUCCAUAGAUGGCAACACAUUGCACACAAGCUUGAUGAGAACCUAUUCAUCAGAGUCAUUAUAAGCAGAGUGAAUUUUAGUCAACCUGAGAACAAAACCACACAAGCCACAUUCAAUUCAUUGUACCUUGGUGGAAUUGAUGAGCUCAUUCCAUUGAUGCAACAAAGCUUCCCUGAGUUGGGCUUGGUUGAACAAGACUGCACUGAGAUGAGUUGGAUUGAGUCUGUCCUCUAUUUUGCAGAUUAUCCAAUUGGAGAGUCCAUUGAUGUUUUGUUGGACAGGACACCUCUGGUUAGAGCUUCCUUCAAAGCAAAAUCAGACUAUGUGAAGGAGCCAAUUUCCGAAACCGGGCUAAAAGGGAUAUGGAAAAGGUUCCACGAGAAAGAAGCUCAGUUUGCUCAGAUCAUGACCCCUUAUGGAGGAAGGAUGAGUGAAAUUGCCGAGUCUGCAAUUCCGUUUCCUCAUAGAGCUGGGAAUAUAUACAAGAUUCAGAACAUAGUGUAUUGGGUUGAAGAAGGGGCAGAAGCAGCUGAGAGGCAUAUAGGUUGGAUGAGAAGGUUGUAUAGGUACAUGACUCCUUAUGUUUCAAAGGGUCCAAGAGCAGCAUAUGUCAACUAUAGGGAUCUUGACAUAGGAGUGAACAACAAUGGGAACACAAGCUAUGAACAAGCAAGCAUUUGGGGUGUUAAGUAUUUCAAGAAUAACUUCCAUAGAUUGGUACAUGUGAAGACCAAAGUUGAUCCUGGGAACUUCUUCAGGCAUGAACAAAGCAUUCCACCUCUAACUUCAUGGAGGGAGAAGAAAGAGGACUAAUUAAAGGUCCUUGGGCACAAAAGAAAUUGGCUAGCUAUGUAGAGUUUGUAACAAAAUUAAAUGUGUUUUUUUUUCCUCCUUUUGUGUGUGUGUGUGUGUGUGUAAUGUAGGGAUCAAAAAAGGUUCAGGGAUAUUGCAUAGUUGUUUUUUUUUUUUUAGUUUUAUUAUAUGGUACUCAUGUUUAAAAUGAAGUUUCAAAUUAUGUUGCGAUUGAGAGCAUCAAACUGAUGCUUAUAAUUUAAAUUGGAGAAAAUUUAAUUCAAAUUUUAAAUUAAUUUUUUUCUGAUUUU